UGUCGGCCCGCGAUGUGCUGUGGUACCUCACCUUCUGCGGCUUCGCCAUCAACUACAUGCUGCGCAUCAACAUCAACAUCGCCAUCGUGGGCAUGGCGCGCAGCCGCGCGCGGCAGCAGACCGGAGGCCCGUCUGCCGCCAGCUACUGCGGGAGCGACGGCGUCAGCGCCCUCGGCGUCCCGACGGCAAACUACACUGACAGCCUCGUCACUGGGGACAUUAGCUCUCAUGGUCCCCGACUGUUCACCACCCCAAGUGUCAAUAGGACAGAGCUGUACGUUCCCAACAACACCAGUACCAUUGGCAUCGACAUUGAGACUAAGUAUACCGUCCAGUUCAAUAUUUCGACCCCUAUCAUACCUAAGAACGUGGACGCCAACAUGUCUAGUUUCAUCAGCGCUGUGGACGUGACACACAGCGUCACUGGUACCAACUUUACGAUGCUCAAUUCGACGGAAGUUCACAGUCCUAGCGCCACUCCAUUCAAGACUUCAGAGGAUUAUAACACUCUUGAUAGCAUCUAUCGUGUUAGUAGCUGGACUGUCAGUACGCGUGCUCCAGUCACCAAUGACAUUGUUAAUGAUACAGGCACGGUGGCCGCAGAAUUUAGUGAUCUGCCAAAAGAAAACAGUAUGGGCAACGACACAACUCCCUCUCCCCCCAAAACAAGUAGCUGGCAUGACAGCUCUGGUGUCCUAGACAGCGACGGUGUUGACAAGACUACAGUUCCAAAGACUCUACCCAGUCUCCCUCAGAAACAAGGCAGUUCUACAGGUCCUACGACAGUUUCUGCGACAGCGCACCAGAUGGCUAGAGCUGACAAUACGCAAGCACCACAGUCGAUGGUGACAGGAGGGGCAAGUCCACCUCCCCCCAAAACAAGUACCUGGCAUGAAAGCCCUGGUAGCCUAGGCAGGGACAGCGUUGACAAGACGUCCGUACCAAAGACUAUAACUAUUCUCCCCCCGAAACAAGUCAGUUCUACAGUUCCUACGACAGUUUCUACGACAGGAAUCCAGAUGACUAAAGCUGACAAUAUGCAAGCACCGCAUCUGGCGGGCACUGGAUUGACAAGUACAACACCAGUUCCGACGCUGCCAGCCGCAAUGGCCCUCACUGCGGAGGAGGAUGGCCGCUACGACUGGGACGAGUACCAGCAAGGCCUGGUGCUGGGAGGCUUCUUCUGGCUGCACUGGUCCACUCAGAUCCCUGGCGGCAUGCUGGCGCAGCGGUUCGGGCCCAAGCUGGUGUUCGGCGUCAGCAACCUGGUGGCGUGCCUGCUGGCCGUGCUGCUGCCGCUCGCCGCCAGCAUCGACUACCGCGCCCUCAUCGCCGUCAGGGUCCUCCAGGGGUUCAUCGCCGGAGCUGCCUGGCCUUCGAUGCACUCUAUGACGGCAAACUGGAUCCCUCCCAACGACAGGAGCAAGUUCGUCACAGCGUAUCUCGGCAGCAGCGUGGGCGCGGCGCUGACGUUCCCGCUGUGCGGGUUCCUGAUGGAGUGGUUCGGCUGGCCGACCGUCUUCUACUCCACGGCUCUGUUGGGCUCCGCCUGGUUCCUCGCCUGGUGGUUCCUCGUCUUCGACCACCCGCACGUCCACCCCCGCAUCUCGCGCACCGAGCUCGACUACCUCAAGUCCAACCUCGGCCAGAGCGUCGCCAAGCGCAAGCCGCCGACGCCGUGGGGGAAGAUCCUGACGUCGAUGCCGCUGUGGAUGAACGUGCUGGCGCAGUGGGGCGGCAUCUGGGGACUCUUCACCAUGCUCACGCAGGCGCCCACCUACUUCCGGCACGUCCACGGCUGGAGCAUACGAGCGACUGGGCUUCUAUCUGGAUUCCCGCACAUCUGCAGAAUCACAUUCGCAAUGAUGGUGUCUUGGGUUGGAGACUACAUGCUGAAGAAGGAGAUCGUCUCGCGGACUAAUCUAAGGAAGAUAGCCACUGCCCUGUGCACGGUGGUGCAGGGCGUGCUGGUGCUGGGGCUGGCCUACUCGGGCUGCAGCCCCGUGGUGGCCGCCGUGUGCCUGGCCGCCGCCGUGGGCGCCAGCGGGGCCGUCUCCACAGGGCCGCUCGCCUCGCUCGUCGACAUCAGCCCCAACUACGCCAGCAUCCUCAUGGGAAUCACCAACAUGCUGACCGUGCUGCCUGGUUUCAUAUCGCCCAUCAUCGUGGGUCUGCUCACUUACCAGAACCAAACACCGGACGCGUGGCGCAUCGUGUUCCUAAUCACGGCAGCCAUGCUGGUUGUGCCGGGCAUAGUGUACACCUUCUGCGCCUCCUCAGAGCUGCAGCCAUGGAACACGCCCACAUCCGCCGAUCCCCACCAGAUGGAAGCGAUGCCCGAGAAGGUGCCCCUUAAGUCUGACGUCGAUGAGGACGGCAGCCCGACGACCAAGCUGUACUUCCAGGACGAUGGCAACCUGCUUACCAAACAAGACUUCCAGAAAGACGGCAACCUUCUGACCAAAAAGGACUUGCAUGAAGAUGGUAGCGUGCCGACAGAAACAGACACUAGCACGCUGCCCAAAUCAGACGUCCAGGAAGACGGCAGCGUGUUGACCAAACUCGACGGCAAGCAAACAAACCAAGAUGCAAACGAGUCCAGAGACACGAUAACUAAACCACAAAAAGAGACGAUUGCAAGCUUUCCAAUCGUACCAGAUGUUGGAAGGGACGAAGGAGUGCCAAACAAACCAGAUGUUAAGAAAGAUGAAGAUGUGCCUACCAAAACAGAUGUGGAGGAGGUCGAUGUACCAGCGAAACCAAAUGUUGAGGAGGAUACAAUUAUGUCAAUCGACCAAGAACCCGAGAUAGAGGGAAGUGAGCCAACGAAAGCUGAUAUCAAGGAAGACGGCAGCGUACCGACCAAGUCAGACAUCCAAGGGAAUGGCAGUGAGACCCAGCGGAAGACAGAAAUCGAAAUGGAAGACGCCAGGAAGCCCGAUGAAAAUGUCAAGGCUGACCAGCAUAGUGCAAAGGCAGCCGCACAAUCAGACUCAUGAAGGUGUUAACGACUCAUUGUUGAAUGAAGGGACAUUCUGCCAUUCUUUCAACGAUUCUACAACCCUAACAGUGUACUCCAAUCGUUUUCUCGGUCACUGGUUGCGACGCACUCCACACGUCGCUUACAACGAGCUGUGAUAAAUGUCGACUAUCUGUGAAACCGCAGUGUAACUAGAGACCUGUAAAUAUUGUGUUGUCAUCCUAGUUCCUGUAUUAGAUUAGUAU